GGCGACGCUCAGCUGGUAGUGACUCGGCUGCUGCUGCUGCUGAGAGGGGUAUGUGACGGCUGCGUUUGACGGCUACUGCGACGGUAUCGUUGUACCUCGAUCGCGUUGGCCGAGCGUCGCCCGCUGCUGCUCUCGCGACGAGUCGACGGCGGAUGUUGUCGCGCCGCGGAGAGAGCGGCGGUCCAGGUGAAAUGGCAAGGAGCACCGUCGUACGUGCGUCGAACGUCGCGCUGCCGCCGCCGUCGUCGCCGCGUCCGCACGGGAGCCUGUAAAUCGCUCGCGCGGAACGGGAGAGCGGGAUCGCGAUCGGGGUGGACGCGCGGAUGCGACGCGCGAGCGACCUGCAAAGCUGACAGCUCGCUGCUAGUGAGAGAGAGAGAGAGAGAGGGAGGAAGAGAGAGAAAGAGAGUAAGAGAGAGGGAGGGCGAAAGAGAGAGAACCAUGGGCAACUGUCUGAAGCGCGCCGCUGGCAAUCAACAGGACAACACCACCCUCCUGAGCAACAAUCCUGAGCCCAACGUGUCCGCGAGCGGAUCCUCGCAGGAGGGCCUCGGACCGCCGAUCCCCUACAACCAAGCGGCGUAUUAUCCGUCGAUCGCUACGAGGGAACGUCACUUGCAGUCCACCAACUUGAACAUCGGCCGUGGAAUCGGAGUCAACCUGGUGCAGAGCACCGGCUCGGCCGGUUUGAGCGAGGAGGAGCAACAAGUGAGGAUUGCAAAGCGUAUAGGACUGAUACAGCACUUGCCGAUGCGAGAGUACGACGGCGCUAAGAAGGGCGAGUGCGUGAUAUGCAUGAUGGAGCUGCUGGUGGGCGAGGAAGUGCGCUAUCUACCUUGCAUGCACACCUACCAUGCGAUCUGCAUCGACGACUGGCUGCUGCGCUCGUUGACCUGUCCGUCGUGCAUGGAACCGGUGGACGCGGCGCUAAUUAGCUCAUAUCAUCCAACUACUUAAUACCGGAGUGACGGGAGUUUCAUCGGUUUAGUCGAGCGGCGUAUCGGAAUUAAAUUACCAGGCUAAAUGUGAAGCGCAACUGAAGAGAGAGAGAGAGUGUGUGUAUGUGUGUGUGUCGUUGCUUUUGCUAUAGAGCGUAUAAAAGGCUUCUGGGUAGUAGAGAGACUGUGUGUUAAUGGUCCGAUUGUAUCUCGCCGUUAUACGAUAUAUACGUGCGCGCGCGUGUUGUUUAAUAUAAUAAUCUCUAUCACACACAGAGAACACGCUCUCCCGCAUUAAAUCCGCAAGUAUUUUCCUUUUUAAAUCGGUUCCCGUGGAACUUGAUUUUGAUUAAGUUCUAGUAAAUAUCGCGGCCCCGAAAUUCUUUUCCCGUAGUGAGUUUUUAAUUGCUUGUACAUUAAUUUUUCGUUAGAAGAAGAAAAGAUGAGGCGGCUCGAUGUGAGAGUGCAAUAAAGCGUUGAGUAAGCCUCACGUGCACCGAUAGGUAUAUAGUCGAAACAAUAAGUAUGUGUAUAUAUAUGUAUACAUAUAUAUAUGAAGUAACGAGAUAAUAAGUGCGACACGUGCGGAAAUUAUUAUGUCCUUUGUAUUUCUCGGGCGGAUUUGUGUAACACAUGUUCGUACACGUUCUCGCGCGAACGUUUGACAAGCCAACGUAAAUUGCAUUUCCUUGCAUAAUGGUUUUAAUCGCCUCCUUGAGUCGUCCGGACAUAACGUACCUAUUAUCGGAUAAAAUAAAUUAGUCGAUAAUUUUAAGCUUAGGAGGUAGGAUUUCUUUCUCGGAUGCCGAUUACGCGUGCGUGGAGACCAGCUGGAGACCAGCGGUUUUCCUAAAACGGACGGUCCGUCUAAAACCGUCAGAAUUGCGUCGGAUGACAGUCCGCUAUAUUUUCGUGAUGAAGGAAAGACUGUCUCUAACGAUACCCCGCAACGUUUUAAUUUCCUUGAUGCCUCGUGCAUGUGGCGUUAAUCGCUUGAACCGCUUCUGCCGCGACGAACAUUGAACAUUUUUCAUUUAGAUAACGUGUACAGAGAGAGAAUGCUUCAUUGUAUGCUACGGACGAUUAGCGGUUUAUUAUAUCGAUAGUGCGGGAACAUGUAUAGCAACGAAUAAAAAGAGCAAACAGGAAGAGAGAGAAAGAGAGAGAGAGAGAGAUAAAGUGCGAUAAAUGAUCCACACUGUUGAACACUACACGCUAAUAAUGGGCUACGUAACUUAGAUUCUGUUGUUAAUUUAGUGGAGCUUGUUGAACUAACUCUUGCUGAAGUUACAGUAAAGCAGUGGACAUUUACCGUUCCGCGCCAAGUAAAACUUUUCAGAGGUAUGUACAGUUUAGCGUAGUUUCGUACAUCAGUGUAUAAUAUGCGAUAGUUUUACCGACUUGGAGCGAAGCAACAUUUCAAACCGAAGAGAGAGAGAGAGAG